AAACAAUCAAAAAUACCUAAAUAGGAAGAACGUAAAAUGGAUUCAUCUUCUAAUCCAGUUGUUUUCUUCGAUAUAGCAUUAGGUGGUAAGUCCAAAAACAUUCCACAUUGAUUCAACAAAGUUUCAGAGCCUAGCUUGAGGUGAUUGCCGUGCAUGGCAGUGCUAUCAUACAGGGAAUCAUACUCAGUAUCAUAAUCAGAUCGAUGGUCUAAGCUGACACAUCUAUUGCCAGGGGAGCCUCUUGGGCGCGUGAAGAUAGAACUUUUUGCAGAUGUAACUCCGCGAACCGCAGAGAAUUUCCGUCAAUUCUGCACAGGGGAAAGUAAAAACUCCCAGGGACGACCGCAAGGAUAUAAGAAUAAUGACUUAUUCAAAUCAAAAGAUCAAGGAUUUCAUGAUCCAGGGAGGUGACUUCAUCAAUGGGGAUGGCACAGGAUCCUGUUCUAUCUAUGGACUCUCAAAAUUCCCCGAUGAAAAUUUCGCUCUAAGGCAUGAUCGUCCUGGUCUCCUAAGCAUGGCAAAUUCCGGGCCCAAUACAAAUGGCUGCCAGUUUUUUAUAACAACUGUAGCAACACCAUUCUUGAACAAUAAACACGUGGUUUUUGGCCAGGUGGUCAGUGGAAUGGAAACUGUUAAGAUGAUUGAGAAUACUCGAACUACCAGGGACAAGCCGAAUCAGGAUGUGGUGAUUGUACAAUGUGGAGAGAUGUGAACCCAGUAAAUUUACGUGUAGACAUAGCUCCAAACAAACAAAAGAAAACAAUAGAAAACACAAGCGAGGUCGGGCCUUUGUCUGAGAUUGUACCAAACCCCAUGAAAC